CUCUUUGUUUUCACCCAGCACACAAAAUUUUUUUAAAAAAAUACUCAUACAAACAAAAUGCAGGCAACAGCGGAGAUACAAGCGGCGGGAAGCCCUCGUAGAUCCCAGAAGCAUCAGAUGCUUAAAGACAAGCAGGUGAAGGAUCUAAUUAUUGAUAAAAGGAGACUUGUGGAGGUUCCGUAUACAGCCACGCUGGCAGAUACAAUAAACACUCUGAUGGCUAACAAGGUGGUGGCGGUUCCGGUGGCUGCACCGCCUGGGCACUGGAUUGGCGCCGGCGGUUCUAUGAUUUUGGAAUCUGAUAAACAGACGGGUGCUGUACGAAAACAUUAUAUAGGGAUGGUAACUAUGCUUGAUAUUCUCGCAUAUAUUGCUGGAAACGGUUAUCGUGAUGAUGAUGAUGAUCUUACGAAAAAGAUGAUGGUUCCUGUUUCUUCGAUUAUUGGGCAUUGUCUUGAAAGUCUUAGUUUGUGGACCCUCAGCCCUAACACAAGUAUUGUGGAUUGUAUGGAAGUUUUCAGCAAAGGCAUACAUCGAGCCAUGGUACCAGUGAAUGGACGAUUAGAAAAUGUAGUUGGCGUUGAGCUCACCGAGUCAGCGUCAUGUUACCGAAUGCUAACACAAAUGGAUCUGCUUAGGUUUUUGAAUGACCAGCAGGAGCUUAAAGCGAUCAUGUCGCACAAGGUCUCGGAUAAACAACUCCAAGCAAUCACAGACACUGUUUUCGGUGUGACUAAUAAGGCGAAAGUUAUCGAUGUGAUCAAAUGCAUGAGAACAGCUUCACUAAAUGCAGUACCAAUUGUGGAGUCAUCCAAUGACAUAACAGAAGAUCAUACUCAGCUUGUGAAUGGGAAAAAGAGGAAGAUUGUAGGAACAUUUUCAGCAACGGACUUGAGAGGCUGUCCUGUAUCGAAAAUGCAGCCUCUAUUGAACCUAGAGGUCCUCGAUUUCUUGAAAAUGCUGUCGGGAGCUCCUAAUACCGGGCUGAGAUCUUCAUGGAGGGAACAAGUGACAUGCCGCCCCGAAUCGUCACUCGGGGAAGUGGUAGAGAAAGUUGUUUCAGACAAUGUGCAUCGUGUUUGGGUGGUGGAUGAACAAGGCUUGCUGGAAGGAGUUGUAUCCCUAACUGACAUGAUAAGAGUCAUCAGGCUCUGGUAUCUUACUGAGUUUUUGCAGUGAUGUGUAGUUGUUGUACGCACUCUUUUGCACCCGUUUUGUUCUGGUUGGUGUUUUGGUGUAUAAAUGAAAUGCAAUCUGUUUAUCAAA